AUGCGAGAGACACCGGAUAACGGUGACAUUCCAAACACAACCCCAAACGCCGAGAAUAUAUUGCAGGCGAUGACCCCAGCUCCCCAAUGUACGCAGAGCGUGGUGGCAGCCUUCAUAGACUCCGUCGUGAGCGAAUCGGCCGGAAGUCCCACGAUCGAGAAAUCAACACACGUUGACACCCAUACUACAGCUGGUCAUCAGAUUCAACCAGGCACUAUUCCCUCCACGGGAAAUAAGCCUGCAAACCCAACCCCUAUACCGAGCGUGAACUCAUCAUUUGGAAAUGCGACACCACUCGACGGACAGAAUUUGCAACGCGAUCGGGGACUGGCGGCUGCUACUGCGGCUCCUAAUGGAGCUGCUGUUCCGCAGGCAAACAAGCCACCUGCGAAACGCCCUAACGAGGGAUCGGAGAUGCCGCCUGCUAAAGUCCAAAGAACAAACUCGGUUGCACAGGCGGGAAACCCGCCACCACAAACACAACCCUCCACAACGCCUGUUUUCUCCAACCCCGAGAAGAGGCUAGAGGAAAGACUUCAACGAUUUGGGGGACAACCCAGGGAACAACCCAUUGGGCAGAUCAAUGCGACUGCUCCGCCCAUUGGGCCCAAGGGACAAUUGCCACCACCAGAGCGCGCUCGCCAUCUAGACCUGGCAGAGAACGAUCGCCAUCGGGGCGAGGCCGAGAAAGAUCACCACCUAGAAGCACCCGGCUACCCAAUUCCCACUGCACCCCUUUCACGCCCCGGCAGCGAGCAUUUGCAGCGGCCCAUAGACGCUACACCAGCUCCACCCAAACCCCCAGUUCCCACCUACCAGGGCCACGACUGGGGAGAAUGCCGGAAUUCCACUGGGAAUAUAGAGGUACACUUCAAAAAGUACGCCGCGUUUUAUUGCAACGACGCAAGGAAGAUCCAAACCGGCAGGGGUGCCAUUGCUCGACAGCUGGUGGGCCAAUGGGACUCGUACGCCAAGAAACUUACAACCCCCACUUGGUUCAGCUUCUGCACCUUCCUUGUGGAGGUAAUGCCGCUCGCUGGAGGCGAAGAGAACUGCCGUCACAACUAUAACCAAAUGUACCAACGGGAGAACCAACCCGUGCGUGAAUUUGUUCUCCAUUCGCUGCGGUACGCCAAGUCCUGGAAGAAGAACGGCCACUGCCGCCUUCGGCAUCUCUACGAUCGCCUGGCUCCGCCCCUUGGAGCAAGCUUAGACAAAACAUGGAGGGACUUCACGGAUUACCAUGAAUUUGUGGAGUAUUUGGUGAAGGUUCAGGACAAGUUGCCCAAAGACCAGAGCCUUUCCCUUCGUGCGGGUCCGCCGAUGCCGAAGAGAGCGGCAUCGCGCCCUCCAAAGCGACGCGGUGGUCGAGGUCGUGGCUGA